CACUAAUUUUCACUCUGACGCAUCGGAUGCGGGACGAAGUGCUUUUUAUUGACGGACCUUCGGAUAGGAAAUGCUGAUCCGUGUUUUUAGGAUAGGGUUUUGCUUUCAGUGGCUAGUCGUUUUGGGAAAGAGGCCCACGGGCGGAGUGAUUUGUGUGUUGCGUUACGGUGCGUGUGAGGAAAGUUUGUGGCGCCAGAAUUUGGAAGUGUACGCGGUGAAAAGAUGGUGCAGCUACGGAGCUCGACGGGGGCUAAGGGCGCUCCGGAGCCGCAGUAUUGCGAGGACAGCUGUCUGCUGGAUUCCAGCUCCGAGUUCUUGAGCCUGGAGUCUCCGCGGGGCAAAUACACGAGGAGCUCCCGGAGGGCGCGUAACGAGGCGGCCGGCAGUAUGGAGGAGCGCGGCGCUGGUUCAUUCUCUAGCAAAGAAGCUAAUGGCGGCGGCCACGCACUGCGUUCAUUGACCAAGAAGAAAGCAGAAAAUGGACAUAACCUCUCCGAUUCAAGCUUAGACAAAAAUAAUGAAUCCUUGACCAUGAGUAACACUGAAGAGAAAAGAUUUACUAGGAGGUUGGCAAGAUUGCAGGCAGAUACAACAACAAAUGGCAGUUCCCAAGAAGAGAUGAGACCGUCUAGAACGACAAGGAGCACAGGGAAAGCUAUUCCCCAUGAAGUGAAUGGUGAUGUUGAAGUUCGCCGCAGUGGCAGGAUCAGGAGAAGCAGAUACAGCACCACGAACCAGUCUGUGUUGUUCGACAAACUUAUAACAAAUACUGCUGAAGCUGUUCUACAAAAAAUGGAUGAUAUGAAGAAAAUGCGUCGCCGCCGACUGCGUGAGCUUGAGGACUUGGGAGUUUUCAAUGACACUGAAGAAGAGAAUAUUGAUAUGUAUUCUCGUGUGAAAAGGAAACGCAAAGUCCCACAGCUUGAUGAAGAAACCACAGACAAUCAAGAGGAAAGUGGAGAUUCCUCGGAAGAAGGUGAGGAUCACGAGGAUGCAGACGACGACGAAGAAGAAGAUGAUGAUGAUGAUGAUGUGGAUGACGAUGAAGAUGGUGAAGAAGACAAUCAAAAACGCUAUGAACUGAGACAGAGAAAAACUGUUGUGCCUUAUCAAGUUCCCUUACAAGAACCCAGACACCAUAAGAAGCGGGAUAUGUUUUAUGCUACCUCGACCUCCCCAGUGAGGAGGAGAACUUACCGUUUUGGAUCUGCUGGACCAAGAAGUCCUUAUUGCAAGAGGCGACUCAACAGGAGGAGGCAUGCCAUACACAGCAGUGACUCCACGUCUUCCUCCUCAUCGGAUGAUGAACAGCACUUUGAGAGGCGUGUGAAUCGGAGCCGUAACAAAGCCAUCAGCAGGUGUCUUCCGAUGAACCUCUUAAGAGAUGAUUUGAAGGGAAUACAAAAAGAUCGGAUGAAAAUUGGUGCCAGCCUUGCUGAUGUUGAUCCAAUGCAAAUUGAUACGUCUGUCCGGUUCAGCAGUGUCGGAGGCUUAUCUAGACAUAUCGCCUCUCUGAAAGAGAUGGUGGUUUUCCCUUUGCUCUAUCCAGAAAUCUUCGAGAAAUUUAAAAUUCAACCUCCAAGAGGUUGUCUAUUCUAUGGUCCACCUGGUACUGGCAAGACCUUAGUUGCACGUGCUUUGGCCAAUGAAUGCAGUGUGGGUGAUAGAAGAGUUGCCUUCUUCAUGAGGAAAGGGGCAGACUGCUUGAGCAAAUGGGUUGGAGAGUCUGAGCGCCAGCUGCGAUUAUUAUUUGAUCAGGCCUAUCAAAUGCGUCCUUCAAUCAUCUUUUUUGAUGAGAUUGAUGGAUUGGCUCCGGUACGAUCAAGCAGGCAAGACCAAAUUCAUAGUUCCAUAGUAUCCACACUUCUGGCCCUAAUGGACGGGUUGGACAGCCGAGGAGAGAUUGUUGUGAUUGGAGCCACCAACAGACUUGAUUCCAUAGAUCCAGCUCUCAGACGGCCUGGUCGUUUUGACAGAGAAUUUCUUUUCAGCCUGCCAGAUAGAGAUGCAAGGCUGGAAAUUCUCAAAAUUCAUACAAAAGAAUGGAACCCAAAACCUUCCGAAAUGUUUCUGCAAGAAUUGGCUGAGAAGUGUGUUGGUUAUUGUGGUGCUGAUAUAAAAUCAGUGUGCGCUGAAGCAGCCCUGUGUGCUCUGCGAAGACGAUACCCUCAGAUUUACACAACAUCAGAUAAACUAUUACUGGAUAUAUCUUCUAUUAAAAUUACUGCUAAAGACUUCAUAUUAGCCAUGCAGAAAAUUGUGCCAGCCUCACAAAGAGCAGUAAUUUCUCCAGGACAAGCCCUUUCCUCCAUUAUUCAGCCGCUGCUGCAGAAUAUUCUCAUGAACAUUUUGGUCACUUUAAGGAAAGUGUUCCCACAUGCAGAAGAAGGACUCAAGAACAAAGAAUCUGCAUCUGAAAGUCACAUGCUGGAUGAAGAUUUAUUGUACAGUGAUGAUGAACUGCCCUCAGUGUUUGAAAAUGGGAUUGCUCACAUUCUCCCCAACAACCAAAAAGAAAAUCGUCAGUUUCUUCAACUCCGUGUAAAUGCAAAUCAACAACCGACGUCUUACAGACCCAGGAUGCUGUUAUCAGGAAUGUCAGGACUAGGUCAGGGGACGCACUUGGCUCCAGCGGUCAUACAUGCUUUGGAAAAGUUCACAGUCUACACGUUAGACUUGGCCGUUCUUUUUGGUGUUAGUGUUGUUACUCCUGAAGAGAACUGUGCACAGCUUUUCCGCGAGGCAAAAAGAACCGCUCCAAGCAUUCUUUAUAUUCCACACAUUCAUUUGUGGUGGGAGACUGUCGGCUACACUCUGAAGGCAACAUUCAUGACUUUACUUAAAAACAUCCCAUCAUUUUCUCCGGUUCUUCUGCUUGCGACCUGUGACGUCAGUUAUGCUGAUCUGCCCGCUGACCUGCAAGAACUUUUCCUGGAUGAUUAUGGUGAAGUUUUUCAUGUUCCCCUACCCAGCAAGGAAGAACGUAGAGCUUUCUUUGAGGAUCUUAUCUUGAAUCAAGCAGCAAAGCCUCCAACUUCAAGGAAAAAGGCAGUUUUACAGGCCCUUGAGGUUUUACCAGUUGCUCCUCCACCUGAACCCCGUCAGCUGACGGCCGAGGAGCUAAAAAGGUUGGAGGAAGAAGAAGAAGCGACUUUUCGUGAGUUGCGACUCUUCCUUAGAGAUGUGACGCAUAGACUUGCCAUUGAUAAACGCUUCAGAGCUUUUUCGAAGCCUGUGGACCCGGAAGAGGUUCCUGAUUAUGUUACAGUGAUUGCACAACCAAUGGACCUUUCAACUGUUAUAAGCAAAAUUGAUCUGCAUAAGUAUCAAACCGUAAAGGAAUAUUUAAAGGAUAUUGAUCUUAUAUGCAGCAACGCUCUUGAGUACAAUCCAGACAAGAAUCCAGGGGAUCGUUUAAUCCGCCACAGAGCAUGCACUCUGAGAGAUGCUACAUAUGCAAUAAUAAAGCAGGAAUUAGAUGAAGAAUUUGAAAAGCUUUGUGAAGAAAUUCAGGAGUCUCGCAAAAAAAGAGGUUUUUCGUCUUCAAAGUAUGUUCCAUCUUAUUACCAUGUGCUCCCUAAAAGUGCUACAGUUCAGGAUGGAAAGAAAAUGGACAUUGAAAACCUAGAAAAGUCAUCAGGAUCUGCUCUUCCGGUUGCAGCAAGUACUCCUUCAGCAAAGAAACGAUAUAAGCGGAAAAGCCGUUGGAGUUCAGGUUUUUUAGGUAAAAAGAAGAAGGUUUUACGGACUGGCAAGAAUGAUGAAGAAAAUGAAAGUGACGCUGACCCUGAACCCCAAGAGUCCAGUAUAGAUCAGACUGAGCUAGAACUUGUAGAUGAGUCAUCGAUGGAGGCAGAGCAUGGUCAUUUAGACGGUGAAGUAGCCCCGAAAGAAAACACGAAAUCCACUCACACCAAGGAUACCUCUACGUCUGUAGCGCUUGCGGAACCUCUGGAUAAUCCUGCACCAAUAGAAAAUGGGGACCAUUUGGAGACUAAUGAUGUGUGUGUUUUGAGGAUGACCCGUGGCAGACAAAUGCAGGUGGAGCAGCAGCACCUUAUUAGCGUGGAUAAAGUCAUGGACAUCCUGUCUGAACCAGCACACACCUUUCAAGUCAAUCAUGAGCACCUUAAGAGUCUCUUAAACAAAGUUGUAGAUAAAAGCAGCGGGUAUAAUGUAUUACAACUGGAAAAGUUAUAUGCACUGCUGAGCCAGUGCAUAUACAGACACCGUAAAGACUAUGACAAAACACAGUUAAUACAGGAAAUGGAGCGUGAGGUUACGUGUUUCAGGGUCUGACAUCUCACUGAACUUGUAAAUUACCUCAAGAUAUCACUUGUCUAAUAUAUGAAGUGUUUACUGUACAUAGUCUGAACGUUCAAAAAUGCCAAAUGAGUGUCUGUUUUAAAGGGUAAUGAUGUUUCAUUGAUAAAGCGUGUAUAUAUUCAGCGGUUUAUUUUCUUUUGUGCCUGUUUGGGGUUGCAGAAUUUAGUUUAUGGGUUUGCUUCAUUAACCAUGUCUAUUACUCUGUAUUGAAUCGCCACGUUCCACCAGCAGCAAAUAUGUCAUUGAGAUGUUAUGUAGUCUUCCUUUUAAGAUAUACCUCCAGUUAGGACAUCAGCAGUGUCUCUCCUAGCUGUGUUACACACAGGCCGAGGAGAGCCUCCCUCUGUCAUAAGGAUGCCUCCAGUACCUUAAGACCUACUCUCCUGACUAAUCUGGCAGGAAAGAACAAGAUAUCCUUUAGAGAUUUGAUUUGGGGGGGCGGGGGAGGUUGAAAUAUUGAAAAUUAAACAACGAUCUCCAGUUUACGUCAGAAUAGUCUCCUACAAUGUACGGUAUUUGGCCUAGACUGGAUAGAGCCAGGAUUGAUCAUAGACCUUAUAGUGACAUUUCCCGGAGGGCCGAUGCCCAGGUGGCUGCCUGAGUCCUCCUCACAGCCGGUCAGAGGAAGUUUUUGGGGAUGUAUUUUGUGCUGGUCAAAAAGACACACCAGAUGCAGAUUUUUCCAUUAUAUCUUUUGCCUCACAAUCAACUAACUGUGUAAGCAGCCGCUUCCAGCUGGGGAGAGACCGUC